AUGUAUUUGUGGGUGUUCCCAAACCGCGACUACGCCAUUGGCGCCACGGGUGGGCUAGCUGCCUCCGCCUGCGCGAUUUUCGUCUCCCACCCGGUCGAGUCCUUGAAGGUGCGGAUGCAGAGCGGCCACUUCGGCGGCGGGCCGGGGGACCCGCUGCUGCGCCGCCUGGGAGGCUUGCUGCGGAGGCCCUACUACGGCAUCAUGCCGCACCUCGUACAGUAUUCCGCGUUCAACUCCGUACGCUUUGGCUCCUUCGCGGCGGCAAAGGGGUAUUUUCAGCGUCGGCGGGGCGGCCACGUCGGCCCCCUGCCCCUCGGAGACAUCUUCCUGUGCGGCGCCUUCUCGGGCACUUGCGUCGCGGCCACCCUGCACCCGCUAUUUGUGCUAAAGACGCACCAGCAGGUGAACCGCAUCAGCCUGCCAGAGGCCCUCGGGCGGCUGUGGCGCCACGAGGGCGUCCGCGGCCUCUUUCGCGGUUACCUCUCGGGCUUUGCCCGCUUCCCGCUGGCGCUCGGCGUCUUCUUCACCAUGUACGAGGCGCUGGCCAGGCCAGAGCUCCUGAACCUCGGGCUUAAACCCGCGCAGCCGACGCCCGGUACGGCGUCGCCCGGCUGGCUGGGCCACUGCGCCAUGGCAGGGGCACUCUCGGGGAUAGCCUGCUGGACCAGCAUCUACCCCCUCGACGUGGUGCAGAGCCGAGUGAUGGGAGAGGCCGCGUACGGCGCCGACAGGAGGUACACCGGUGCGCUCAGGGGCUUCGCGCGGCUCUACCAGGACGGCGGCCUCCGCGCCUUCGUUCGGAGCUACUCCGCGGUGCUGCUGCGCUCGGGGCCCGUCAACGCCGUGCUGCUGCCGGCCAGCGAGGCGGCGAGGCCGCUGGUGGAGCGGUGGCUGCCCUCGGAGUGA